CACAGAGAGUGAAUUUGUGGCUACGUAUAUCUCUGAAACACAUUCUUCCACAUCACAUCUCUCUCUCUCUCUCUCUCUUUCUCUCAAGAACAAACCAAUAUGGUGAAAGAUGAACAAUGGUGAAGAAGAAUCAUUGUCGUUGUUCAUGCAUUAACCUUGUUGUUAUGUUCCUCCAUGGCCUGUUACAUCGUUCCUCAUUACCACAAUCCUGUUCUGUCUCAACCCAAUAGAGGAAUCCUCAGUCAUCGCCAUCGUUUCAGCCGUAACCACUUGAAGACAAGAUUUAGGGUUCCUCGUAGUUCUGCGAUUAGUGACGGUGGUGCCUCUUACAAUACCUUAGUCUCUGAGGCGGUGAGGCUAUUGGUUCCACAAGCAAACUUUGAUUCAUCAAAGCUCAAAGUUGAGUUCUUAGGAGAGUUAUUGGAGAGCAAGAGUAGCGGUGGGAUUAUUACGCCGCGAACAUAUAUACUUUCGCAUUGUGAUUUCACUGCUGACUUAACGUUAACAAUCUCAAACGUCAUUAAUCUGGAUCAACUAGAAGGCUGGUACAAGAAAGACGAUGUGGUUGCUGAGUGGAAGAAGGUGAAUGAUGAAUUACGGUUACAUAUUCAUUGUUGUGUUAGUGGUAUGAGUUUUUUGCAAGAUGUGGCUGCAGAGCUUAGGUAUCACAUUUUCUCCAAGGAACUGCCUUUGGUACUUAAAGCUGUGGUCCAUGGAGAUUCAGUUAUGUUUAGAGAGAACCCUGAGCUAAUGGAUGCUUAUGUAUGGAUUUAUUUCCAUUCAAGCACACCUAAAUACAACCGGAUCGAGUGUUGGGGACCUCUCAAGGAUGCUGCAAAGGGAAAGCAGAAGGGGAAUCAUCAAGGCUUCUUGAGUUCGACUACAUCGAGGAAAUUGAUUCGACAUAAGUCUAUCUUCCAUACCCUGUUUACGUUUCUUCUGUGAGACAAGUUGUACAUUCUCCUUUUCUUUUCUCUUUUUGCAAAUGAUGUAGAUUUCUUGAUGAGCAUCUGACACAAGUGCAAUUUGCCAACAUUCAAUUGUUCAUACUUGGAAAAUUUUACGAGAGCCUUAGUUUCUUAAUGUUUGUUCGGUA